AGCAGCAGAAGCAGCAGAAGCAGCAGAAGCAGCAGAAGCAGCAGAAGCAGCAGAAGCAGCAGAAGCAGCAGAAGCAGCAGAAGCAGCAGAAGCAGCAGAAGCAGCAGAAGCAGCAGAAGCAGCAGAAGCAGCAGAAGCAGCAGAAGCAGCAGAAGCAGCAGAAGCAGCCAGAAGCAGCAGAAGAGCAGCAGAAGCAGCAGAAGCAGCAGAAGCAGCAGAAGCAGCAGAAGCAGCAGAAGCAGCAGAAGCAGCAGAAGCAGCAGAAGCAGCAGAAGCAGCAGAAGCAGCAGAAGCAGCAGAAGCAGCAGAAGCAGCAGAAGCAGCAGAAGCAGCAGAAGCAGCAGAAGCAGCAGAAGCAGCAGAAGCAGCAGAAGCAGCAGAAGCAGCAAGCCAGCAGAAGCAGCAGAAGCAGCAGAAGCAGCAGAAGCAGCAGAAGCAGCAGAAGCAGCAGAAGCAGCAGAAGCAGCAGAAGCAGCAGAAGCAGCAGAAGCAGCAGAAGCAGCAGAAGCAGCAGAAGCAAGCAGAAGCAGCAGAAGCAAGCAGAAGCAGCAGAAGCAGCAGAAGCAGCAGAAGCAGCAGAAGCAGCAGAAGCAGCAGAAGCAGCAGAAGCAGCAGAAGCAGCAGAAGCAGCAGAAGCAGCAGAAGCAGCAGAAGCAGCAGAAGCAGCAGAAGCAGCAGAAGCAGCAGAAGCAGCAGAAGCAGCAGAAGCAGCAGAAGCAGCAGAAGCAGCAGAAGCAGCAAGAAGCAGCAGAAGCAGCAGAAGCAGCAGAAGCAGCAGAAGCAGCAGAAUCAGCAGAAGCAGCAGAAGCAGCAGAAGCAGCAGAAGCAGCAGAAGCAGCAGAAGCAGCAGAAGCAGCAGAAGCAGCAGAAGCAGCAGAAGCAGCAGAAGCAGCAGAAGCAGCAGAAGCAGCAGAAGCAGCAGAAGCAGCAGAAGCAGCAGAAGCAGCAGAAGCAGCAGAAGCAGCAGAAGCAGCAGAAGCAGCAGAAGCAGCAGAAGCAGCAGAAGCAGCAGAAGCGAGCAGAAGCAGCAGAAGCAGCAGAAGCAGCAGAAGCAGCAGAAGCAGCAGAAGCAGCAGAAGCAGCAGAAGCAGCAGAAGCAGCAGAAGCAGCAGAAGCAGCAGAAGCAGCAGAAGCAGCAGAAGCAGCAGAAGCAGCAGAAGCAGCAGAAGCAGCAGAAGCAGCAGAAGCAGCAGAAGCAGCAGAAGCAGCAGAAGCAGCAGAAGCAGCAGAAGCAGCAGAAGCAGCAGAAGCAGCAGAAGCAGCAGAAGCAGCAGAAGCAGCAGAAGCAGCAGAAGCAGCAGAAGCAGCAGAAGCAGCAGAAGCAGCAGAAGCAGCAGAAGCAGCAGAAGCAGCAGAAGCAGCAGAAGCAGCAGAAGCAGCAGAAGCAGCAGAAGCAGCAGAAGCAGCAGAAGCAGCAGAAGCAGCAGAAGCAGCAGAAGCAGCAGAAGCAGCAGAAGCAGCAGAAGCAGCAGAAGCAGCAGAAGCAGCAGAAGCAGCAGAAGCAGCAGAAGCAGCAGAAGCAGCAGAAGCAGCAGAAGAAGCAGCAGAAGCAGCAGAAGCAGCAGAAGCAGCAGAAAGCAGCAGAAGCAGCAGAAGCAGCAGAAGCAGCAGAAGCAGCCAGAAGCAGCAGAAGCAGCAGAAGCAGCAGAAGCAGCAGAAGCAGCAGAAGCAGCAGAAGCAGCAGAAGCAGCAGAAGCAGCAGAAGCAGCAGAAGCAGCAGAAGCAGCAAGAAGCAGCAGAAGCAGCAGAAGCAGCAGAAGCCAGCAGAAAGCAGCAGAAGCAGCAGAAGCAGCAGAAAGCAGCAGAAGCAGCAGAAGCAGCAGAAGCAGCAGAAGCAGCAGAAGCAGCAGAAGCAGCAGAAGCAGCAGAAGCAGCAGAAGCAGCAGAAGCAGCAGAAGCAGCAGAAAGCAGACAGAAGCAGCAGAAGCAGCAGAAGCAGCCGAAGCAGCAGAGCAGCAAGCAGCAAGCAGCAGAAGCAGCAGAAGCAGCAGAAGCAGCAGAAGCAGCAGAAAGCAGCCAGAAGCAGCAGAAGCAGCAGAAGCAGCAGAAGCAGCAGAAGCAGCAGAAGCAGCAGAAGCAGCAGAAGCAGCAGAAGAAGCAGCAGAAGCAGCAGAAGCAGCAGAAGCAGCAGAAGCAGCAGAAGCAGCAGAAGCAGCAGAAGCAGCAGAAGCAGCAGAAGCAGCAGAAAGCAGCAGAAGCAGCAGAAGCAGCAGAAGCAGCAGAAGCAGCAGAAGCAGCAGAAGCAGCAGAAGCAGCAGAAGCAGCAGAAGCAGCAGAAGCAGCAGAAGCAGCAGAAGCAGCAGAAGCAGCAGAAGCAGCAGAAGCAGCAGAAGCAGCAGAAGCAGCAGAAGCAGCAGAAGCAGCAGAAGCAGCAGAAGCAGCAGAAGCAGCAGAAGCAGCAGAAGCAGCAGAAGCAGCAGAAGCAGCAGAAGCAGCAGAAGCAGCAGAAGCAGCAGAAGCAGCAGAAGCAGCAGAAGCAGCAGAAGCAGCAGAAAGCAGCAGAAGCAGCAGAAGCAGCAGAAGCAGACAGAAGCAGCAGAAGCAGCAGAAGCAGCAGAAGCAGCAGAAGCAGCAGAAGCAGCAGAAGCAGCAGAAGCAGCAGAAGCAGCAGAGACGCAGCAGAAGCAGCCAGAAGCAGCAGAAGCAGCAGAAGCAGCAGAAGCAGCAGAAGCUAGCAGAAGCAGCAGAGAAGCAGCAGAAGCAGCAGAAGCAGCAGAAGCAGCAGAAGCAGCAGAAGCAGCAGAAGCAGCAGAAGCAGCAGAAGCAGCAGAAGCAGCAGAAGCAGCAAGAAGCAGCAGAAGCAGCAGAAGCAGCAGAAGCAGCAGAAGCAGCAGAAGCAGCAGAAGCAGCAGAAGCAGCAGAAGCAGCAGAAGCAGCAGAAGCAAAGCAGAAGCAGCAGAAGCAGCAGAAGCAGCAGAAGCAGCAGAAGCAGCAGAAGCAGCAGAAGCAGCGAAGCAGCAGAAGCAAGCAGAAGCAGCAGAAGCAGCAGAAGCAGCAGAAGCAGCAGAAGCAGCAGAAGCAGCAGAAGCAGCAGAAGCAGCAGAAGCAGCAGAAGCAGCAGAAGCAGCAGAAGCAGCAGAAGCAGCAGAAGCAGCAGAAGCAGCAGAAGCAGCAGAAGCAGCAGAAGCAGCAGAAGCAGCAGAAAGCAGCAGAAGCAGCAGAAGCAGCAGAAGCAGCAGAAGCAGCAGAAGCAGCAGAAGCAGCAGAAGCAGCAGAAGCAGCAGAAGCAGCAGAAGCAGCAGAAGCAGCAGAAGCAGCAGAAGCAGCAGAAGCAGCAGAAGCAGCAGAAGCAGCAGAAGCAGCAGAAGCAGCAGAAGCAGCAGAAGCAGCAGAAGCAGCAGAAGCAGCAGAAGCAGCAGAAGCAGCAGAAGCAGCAGAAGCAGCAGAAGCAGCAGAAGCAGAAGCAGCAGAAGCAGCAGAAGCAGCAGAAGCAGCAGAAGCAGCAGAAGCAGCAGAAGCAGCAGAAGCAGCAGAAGCAGCAGAAGCAGCAGAAGCAGCAGAAGCAGCAGAAGCAGCAGAAGCAGCAGAAGCAGCAGAAGCAGCAGAAGCAGCAGAAGCAGCAGAAGCAGCAGAAGCAGCAGAAGCAGCAGAAGCAGCAGAAGCAGCAGAAGCAGCAGAAGCAGCAGAAGCAGCAGAAGCAGCAGAAGCAGCAGAAGCAGCAGAAGCAGCAGAAGCAGCAGAAGCAGCAGAAGCAGCAGAAGCAGCAGAAGCAGCAGAAGCAGCAGAAGCAGCAGAAGCAGCAGAAGCAGCAGAAGCAGCAGAAGCAGCAGAAGCAGCAGAAGCAGCAGAAGCAGCAGAAGCAGCAGAAGCAGCAGAAGCAGCAGAAGCAGCAGAAGCAGCAGAAGCAGCAGAAGCAGCAGAAGCAGCAGAAGCAGCAGAAGCAGCAGAAGCAGCAGAAGCAGCAGAAGCAGCAGAAGCAGCAGAAGCAGCAGAAGCAGCAGAAGCAGCAGAAGCAGCAGAAGCAGCAGAAGCAGCAGAAGCAGCAGAAGCAGCAGAAGCAGCAGAAGCAGCAGAAGCAGCAGAGCAGCAGAAGCAGCAGAAGCAGCAGAAGCAGCAGAAGCAGCAGAAGCAGCAGAAGCAGCAACAAGCAGCAGAAGCAGCAGAAGCAGCAGAAGCAGCAGAAGCAGCAGAAGCAGCAGAAGCAGCAGACGCAGCAGAAGCAGCAGAAGCAGCAGAAGCAGCAGAAGCAGCAGAAGCAGCAGAAGCAGCAGAAGCAGCAGAAGCAGCAGAAGCAGCAGAAGCAGCAGAAGCAGCAGAAGCAGCAGAAGCAGCAGAAGCAGCAGAAGCAGCAGAAGCAGCAGAAGCAGCAGAAGCAGCAGAAGCAGCAGAAGCAGCAGAAGCAGCAGAAGCAGCAGAAGCAGCAGAAGCAGCAGAAGCAGCAGAAGCAGCAGAAGCAGCAGAAGCAGCAGAAGCAGCAGAAGCAGCAGAAGCAGCAGAAGCAGCAGAAGCAGCAGAAGCAAGCAGAAGCAGCAGAAGCAGCAGAAGCAGCAGAAGCAGCAGAAGCAGCAGAAGCAGCAGAAGCAGCAGAAGCAGCAGAAAGCAGCAGAAGCAGCAGAAGCAGCAGAAGCAGCAGAAGCAGCAGAAGCAGCAGAAGCAGCAGAAGCAGCAGAAGCAGCAGAAGCAGCAGAAGCAGCAGAAGCAGCAGAAGCAGCAGAAGCAGCAGAAGCAGCAGAAGCAGCAGAAGCAGCAGAAGCAGCAGAAGCAGCAGAAGCAGCAGAAGCAGCAGAAGCAGCAGAAGCAGCAGAAGCCAGCAGAAGCAGCAGAAGCAGCAGAAGCAGCAGAAGCAGCAGAAGCAGCAGAAGCAGCAGAAGCAGCAGAAGCAGCAGAAGCAGCAGAAGCAGCAGAAGCAGCAGAAGCAGCAGAAGCAGCAGAAGCAGCAGAAGCAGCAGAAGCAGCAGAAGCAGCAGAAGCAGCAGAAGCAGCAGAAGCAGCAGAAGCAGCAGAAGCAGCAGAAGCAGCAGAAGCAGCAGAAGCAGCAGAAGCAGCAGAAGCAGCAGAAGCAGCAGAAGCAGCAGAAGCAGCAGAAGCAGCAGAAGCAGCAGAAGCAGCAGAAGCAGCAGAAGCAGCAGAAGCAGCAGAAGCAGCAGAAGCAGCAGAAGCAGCAGAAGCAGCAGAAGCAGCAGAAGCAGCAGAAGCAGCAGAAGCAGCAGAAGCAGCAGAAGCAGCAGCAGAGCAGCAGAAGCAGCAGAAGCAGCAGAAGCAGCAGAAGCAGCAGAAGCAGCAGAAGCAGCAGAAGCAGCAGAAGCAGCAGAAGCAGCAGAAGCAGCAGAAGCAGCAGAAGCAGCAGAAGCAGCAGAAGCAGCAGAAGCAGCAGAAGCAGCAGAAGCAGCAGAAGCAGCAGAAGCAGCAGAAGCAGCAGAAGCAGCAGAAGCAGCAGAAGCAGCAGAAGCAGCAGAAGCAGCAGAAGCAGCAGAAGCAGCAGAAGCAGCAGAAGCAGCAGAAGCAGCAGAAGCAGCAGAAGCAGCAGAAGCAGCAGAAGCAGCAGAAGCAGCAGAAGCAGCAGAAGCAGCAGAAGCAGCAGAAGCAGCAGAAGCAGCAGAAGCAGCAGAAGCAGCAGAAGCAGCAGAAGCAGCAGAGCAGCAGAAGCAGCAGAAGCAGCAGAAGCAGCAGAAGCAGCAGAAGCAGCAGAGCAGCAGAAGCAGCAGAAGCAGCAGAAGCAGCGAAGCAGCAGAAGCAGCAGAAGCAGCAGAAGCAGCAGAAGCAAGCCAGAAGCAGCAGAAGCAGCAGAAGCAGCAGAGCAGCAGAAGCAGCAGAAAGCAGCAGAAGCAGCAGAAGCAGCAGAAGCAGCAGAAGCAGCAGAAGCAGCAGAAGCAGCAGAAGCAGCAAGAAGCAGCAGAAGCAGCAGAAGCAGCAGAAGCAGCAGAAGCAGCAGACGCAGCAGAAGCAGCAGAAGCAGCCGAAGCACAGAAGCAGCAGAAGCAGCAGAAGCAGCAGAAGCAGCAGAAGCAGCGAAGCAGCAGAAGCAGCAGAAGCAGCAGAAGCAGCAGAAGAGCAGAAGCAGCAGAAGCAGCAGAAGCAGCAGAGCAGAGAAGCAGCAGAAGCAGCAGAAGCAGCAGAAGCAGCAGAAGCAGCAGAAGCAGCAGAAGCAGCAGAAGCAGCAGAAGCAGCAGAAGCAGCAGAAGCAGCAGAAGCAGCAGAAGCAGCAGAAGCAGCAAAAGCAGCAGAAGCAGCAGAAGCAGCAGAAGCAGCAGAAGCAGAAGAAGCAGCAGAAGCAGCAGAAGCAGCAGAAGCAGCAGAAGCAGCAGAAGCAGCAGAAGCAGCAGAAGCAGCAGAAGCAGCAGAAGCAGCAGAAGCAGCAGAAGCAGCAGAAGCAGCAGAAGCAGCAGAAGCAGCAGAAGCAGCAGAAGCAGCAGAAGCAGCAGAAGCAGCAGAAGCAGCAGAAGCAGCAGAAGCAGCAGAAGCAGCAGAAGCAGCAGAAGCAGCAGAAGCAGCAGAAGCAGCAGAAGCAGCAGAAGCAGCAGAAGCAGCAGAAGCAGCAGAAGCAGCAGAAGCAGCAGAAGCAGCAGAAGCAGCAGAAGCAGCAGAAGCAGCAGAAGCAGCAGAAGCAGCAGAAGCAGCAGAAGCAGCAGAAGCAGCAGAAGCAGCAGAAGCAGCAGAAGCAGCAGAAGCAGCAGAAGCAGCCGAAGCAGCAGAAGCAGCAGAAGCAGCAGAAGCAGCAGAAGCAGCAGAAGCAGCAGAAGCAGCAGAGAGCAGCAGAAGCAGCAGAAGCAGCAGAAGCAGCAGAAGCAGCAGAAGCAGCAGAAGCAGCAGAAGCAGCAGAAGCAGCAGAAGCAGCAGAAGCAGCAGAAGCAGCAGAAGCAGCAGAAGCAGCAGAAGCAGCAGAAGCAGCAGAAGCAGCAGAAGCAGCAGAAGCAGCAGAAGCAGCAGAAGCAGCAGAAGCAGCAGAAGCAGCAGAAGCAGCAGAAGCAGCAGAAGCAGCAGAAGCAGCAGAAGCAGCAGAAGCAGCAGAAGCAGCAGAAGCAGCAGAAGCAGCAGAAGCAGCAGAAGCAGCAGAAGCAGCAGAAGCAGCAGAAGCAGCAGAAGCAGCAGAAGCAGCAGAAGCAGCAGAAGCAGCAGAAGCAGCAGAAGCAGCAGAAGCAGCAGAAGCAGCAGAAGCAGCAGAAGCAGCAGAAGCAGCAGAAGCAGCAGAAGCAGCAGAAGCAGCAGAAGCAGCAGAAGCCAGCAGAAGCAGCAGAAGCAGCAGAAGCAGCAGAAGCAGCAGAAGCAGCAGAAGCAGCAGAAGCAGCAGAAGCAGCAGAAGCAGCAGAAGCAGCAGAAGCAGCAGAAGCAGCAGAAGCAGCAGAAGCAGCAGAAGCAGCAGAAGCAGCAGAAGCAGCAGAAGCAGCAGAAGCAGCAGAGCAGCAGAAGCAGCAGAAGCAGCAGAAGCAGCAGAAGCAGCAGAAGCAGCAGCAAGCAGCAGAAGCAGCAGAAGCAGCAGAAGCAGCAGAAGCAGCAGAAGCAGCAGAAGCAGCAGAAGCAGCAGAAGCAGCAGAAGCAGCAGAAGCAGCAGAAGCCAGCAGAAGCAGCAGAAAGAAGCAGCAGAAGCAGCAGAAGCAGCAGAAGCAGCAGAAGCAGCAGAAGCAGCAGAAGCAGCAGAAGCAGCAGAAGCAGCAGAAAGCAGCAGAAGCAGCAGAAGCAGCAGAAGCAGCAGAAGCAGCAGAAGCAGCAGAAGCAGCAGAAGCAGCAGAAGCAGCAGAAGCAGCAGAAGCAGCAGAAGCAGCAGAAGCAGCAGAAGCAGCAGAAGCAGCAGAAGCAGCAGAAGCAGCAGAAGCAGCAGAAGCAGCAGAAAGAGCAAUAUGCAGCAGACCAGCAGAAGCAGCAGAAGCAGCAGAAAGCAGCAGAAGCAGCAGAAGCAGCAGAAGCAGCAGAAGCAGCAGAAGCAGCAGAAGCAGAAGAAGCAGCAGAAGCAGCAGAAGCAGCAGAAGCAGCAGAAGCAGCAGAAGCAGCAGAAGCAGCAGAAGCAGCAGAAGCAGCAGAAGCAGCAGAAGCAGCAGAAGCAGCAGAAGCAGCAGAAGCAGCAGAAGCAGCAGAAGCAGCAGAAGCAGCAGAAGCAGCAGAAGCAGCAGAAGCAGCAGAAGCAGCAGAAGCAGCAGAAAGCAGCAGAAGCAGCGAAGCAGCAGAAGCAGCAGAAGCAGCAGAAGCAGCAGAAGCAGCAGAAGCAGCAGAAGCAGCAGAAGCAGCAGAAGCAGCAGAAGCAGCAGAAGCAGCAAGGAAGCAGCAGAAGCAGCAGAAGCAGCAGAAGCAGCAGAAGCAGCAGAAGCAGCAGAAGCAGCAGAAGCAGCAGAAGCAGCAGAAGCAGCAGAAGCAGCAGAAGCAGCAGAAGCAGCAGAAGCAGCAGAAGCAGCAGAAGCAGCAGAAGCAGCAGAAGCAGCAGAAGCAGCAGAAGCAGCAGAAGCAGCAGAAGCAGCAGAAGCAGCAGAAGCAGCAGAAGCAGCAGAAGCAGCAGAAGCAGCAGAAGCAGCAGAAGCAGCAGAAGCAGCAGAAGCAGCAGAAGCAGCAGAAGCAGCAGAAGCAGCAGAAGCAGCAGAAGCAGCAGAAGCAGCAGAAGCAGCAGAAGCAGCAGAAGCAGAAGCAGCAGAAGCAGCAGAAGCAGCAGAAGCAGCAGAAGCAGCAGAAGCAGCAGAAGCAGCAGAAGCAGCAGAAGCAGCAGAAGCAGCAGAAGCAGCAGAAGCAGCAGAAGCAGCAGAAGCAGCAGAAGCAGCAGAAGCAGCAGAAGAAGCAGCAGAAGCAGCAGAAGCAGCAGAAGCAGCAGAAGCAGCAGAAGCAGCAGAAGCAGCAGAAGCAGCAGAAGCAGCAGAAGCAGGAGAAGCAGGAGAAGCAGCAGAAGCAGCAGAAGCAGCAGAAGCAGCAGAAGCAGCAGAAGCAGCAGAAGCAGCAGAAGCAGCAGAAGCAGCAGAAGCAGCAGAAGCAGCAGAAGCAGCAGAAGCAGCAGAAGCAGCAGAAGCAGCAGAAGCAGCAGAAGCAGCAGAAGCAGCAGAAGCAGCAGAAGCAGCAGAAGCAGCAGAAGCAGCAGAAGCAGCAGAAGCAGCAGAAGCAGCAGAAGCAGCAGAAGCAGCAGAAGCAGCAGAAGCAGCAGAAGCAGCAGAAGCAGGUGAGGAACGUCAGCAUGGACAGGCCAGAGGAGCGGGAGGUUCGGGAGGAACGGGAGGAACAAAAGGAUCAGGAGGGAAGGUAG